CCUCUCAAACCUUGCAAAAGCUUCAGUUUUCCAGCAAUGGCCUCCGCACAGUGCGAACAAACCCACCAGCACACCUCCUUUGGUGAGAAGGUUUCUCAGUUCUUCAAAGGACACCAUAGCCACUCCAAUGAGCUCACACACACCACCAAAACUGAAACAAAAUGCCGUUGCACCAAAACACACACCAACACAAAAACAAAAACCCAUGAGACCAGUAAGAGGCCGCACAACAAAGGUCUGCUGCAGAAUAUCAGGGAUCGCUUUUCAGAACACGAUGGUUCCACCACUAGCAGCAGUGACAGUGAGAGUGACCAUGAAAACUGCAAGAGGAAGGACUGAGUUUCAGAGGCUGAACGUGUGUGAUGAUUGAAGUAAGCUAAAAGCUUAUAGCAGAGAAGAAGCUAAAUAAAAGUACUUAAAAAAUAAAGAUCAAUAAUGUAUUUGGUGUUAAAAAUAAUUGCAUGUAAUGUAUGAUAUAAGAUGGACCUCCUAUCAUGAAUAAAACUGUUUGCUGCUAAA